AAAGGGGAGAGGGCAACUUUGCGGAAGGAGAAACGCGUUGUGUAGCCUUUGCGCGCGGCGGGAUAUUAUCUAGCUGGGAGUCGAGAACCUGGCAUGGGUGCCGUCAGAGGGCAGGAGCACCAGCCUCCUCAGGAGGUUGAAACCCGUGAAGAUGAAGAGCAAAGUAUUAAGCUGAGUGAAAUUUUAGAGCUGCUGGUGGCAGCUGGAUACUUCAGGGCAAGAAUUAAAGGGCUGUCCCCCUUUGACAAGGUGGUGGGCGGCAUGACGUGGUGCAUCACAACAUGCAGUUUCGACAUUGAUGUGGACUUACUGUUUCAGGAAAACUCUACCAUCGGCCAAAAAAUUGCCUUGACUGAGAAAAUUGUAUCCGUCUUGCCGAGAAUGAAAUGCCCUCAUCGCUUGGAGCCUCAUCAAAUACAGGGAUUGGAUUUCAUCCACAUAUUUCCUGUUGUGCAGUGGCUUGUGAAACGUGCAAUAGAAACCCGUGAAGAAAUGGGAGAUUACAUCCGCUCAUAUUCUAUAUCUCAGUUUCAGAAGACACACAGUCUGCCAGAGGAUGAUGACUUCAUGCAAAGAAAAGAAAAGUCUGUCAAAGCAGUUAGUGAAAUCUCUGAAGUUUACAAGCCACAAAGGAAAUACCAGCGACGAGCAGGAGCAGAAAAGUUAGUCGACGAGGAGUCUAAAGUUCAUGCUACGCUUCUGGAAUAUGGCAGGAGGUAUGGUUUCAGCAGACAAGGGAAAAUUGAGAAGGUUGAAGACAAGAAAAUGGUGCUGCCUGCUGGGCUUCCAUCAUCUGGGAAGGCUGAUGCCUACACUGAAGAUGACCUCCAAGCUGCAGAAGAGCUUCGUAUUAAAACAUUGAUGACUGAGAUGGCUGCAAUGGGAACAGAAGAGGGCAGACUGACCGCAAGCACUGUAGGGCAGAUAGUUGGACUUCAGUCUGAUGAGAUCAAGCAGAUAGUAUCAGAAUAUGCUGAAAAGCAAUCAGGACUUUCUGCAGAGGAGCGUCCAGAGAGACUUGGAGCUGCCCAGCAGCACAGAAGGAAGGUGGCAUCUUUAAACAAACAGAUCUUACAGAAAACCAAGCAGCUGGAUGAAUUGCAGGCAAAAUGUGCUGACCUGCAAGCAGGAUGUAGUGAGGCUAAGAAGAAAUUAAAUGAGGUUAAGAAUCACAGCGAAAAAUUAGACAAGGAGCUGGCAGCCUUAGAAACAGUGGAAUCCCAAGCAGAUUCAAAUGUAUUGCAGAAGCUUCGGGCACUGGUGGCAAUGAAUGAGAACCUCAAAAGCCAAGAGCAAGAAUUUAGAGCACAUUGCAGAGAAGAGAUGGCACGCCUCCAGCAAAACAUUGAAAGUUUGAAAACAGAAGCAGCUGAAAAUGGAGAAGAGAAGGAACCCGCUAAAAUUAUAGACCAGCAGUACAAAACCGAGAGAGAGAAGCUGCAGAAGAUCAGACUGCUUCUGGCCCGACGAAACAGAGAAAUAGCCAUUUUACAACGCAAGAUUGAUGAGGUUCCCAGCAGAGCUGAGUUAACACAGUACCAGAAAAGAUUUAUUGAACUUUACGGGCAGGUUUCGGCAACACACAAAGAAACGAAGCAGUUCUUUACCCUCUACAACACACUGGAUGAUAAGAAAGUGUAUUUGGAAAAAGAGGUUAACUUGUUGAAUUCAAUUCAUGACAACUUCCAGCAAGCCAUGGCUUCUUCUGGUGCUCGAGACCAGUUUCUGCGGCAAAUGGAACAAAUCGUAGAAGGAAUUAAACAGAAUCGAAUGAAGAUGGAAAAGAAGAAGCAAGAAAACAAAAUGAGAAGGGACCAGCUCAAUGAUGAAUAUCUGGAGUUACUGGAGAAACAAAGACUCUACUUCAAAACGGUCAAAGAAUUUAAAGAGGAAUGCCGCAAAAAUGAAAUGCUUUUAUCCAAGCUGAAAGACAAGUGUUCUUGAAGAACUUCAGACAGCAGUUCAUUUAUAUGAUUGAAUUCAUUUUCAUUCUGAUCCAGCCCAAUGACUAGAUGUAUUCCUUUUUGAGAUUUAAUGCAGUAUAGCAGUUCAGAAAAAUUAUUUGAUUGUCUUUUUAUAUAUGCACACACAUAUAAAGUAAAGUGACACUGUUUUGUAAAUGAUUUACCUUUGCACUAGUUAACAUUUCAUGUGCACUAGAAAACAUAUAUUAUGUGUUAAACAAUAAAUAUGUAUAAAUCAAAAGCUCCAAA